AUGGGCAGCAUUACUAUGAUUCGCUUCCUCCUGUUCGCCGCGGCGGCGGCGCGCGCGGUAGCGGACCUCCACGCCCUCGCCCCGGUCACGAGAGAGGAGCACCGUCCCGCCGUCAAGCGCAGCGCGGAGAGGGCGGCCAAAGCGUCGCGGCUCCUCGCCGACGAGGACGGCGACGAGGACGAGGACGAGGGCGGUUCAAGCGACGACAUGAUGUUCGAGGGAAGCUGCGCGACGACAUUCUCUCCCUGCGGUACGUGCGGAGACGACCACUGCACGGUAGAGGGCUGCCCGUUCAGAGGUUACGAAUGCGGCGCCCCGGAUGGCGAGUGCAUGUUCAAUGUUAUAGACCCAGAGUGGAAUGGGUACGAUUACUUCAAUGCAGGGAGCUGUCGGGACAUGUGCGCGACUUUCGGUCAAGACUGCGUGCGCGCAGAGGAGUACUCUGACAACCUGUGCGGCGCGGCGUUCGUGCAGUCGUACUCGUGCGACGACGACUAUGCGGCGAUACAGCUGCGCAGCGGGCACAGCCUCGGUCACACGUUUUGCACCUGCACGAGCGGGGGCUCCUCCGAGGAUCUCUUCGUCGCUGGGCCCUCGGGGGGCAAUUACUACGACGCGACGGCCUACUGCUCAAGCAUAGGCGCAUCGAUCGCCACCAUCUAUAGCGCGACCGAGAACGAGCUGGCGCGCCAAGCGUGCGGCGGCUCGUCGUGCUGGAUCGGCCUCGAAGAAGUCGGCGGCAGCGCGUCGACGCCCAAGGAGAGCCAGACGUGGCGGUGGAUGGAUGGAUCGACAGCCAGUUACACGAACUGGCUGUCGAGCGAGCCGCAGAAUCACAAUGGCAGAGACGAGAGGAACGCCAUGAUGAACUGCUGCGGCACAGACGGCGUCGACGCGUCGGGCAUGUGGUACGACGCGCCCGACGACUACUGGGCCCCGAAGCCCCUCUGCCGUACCGAUGGUAGCGGCGGUUCUUCGGCCGAGCGCGGGGCGUGCACGAUCAGCGGCAUCGCCUGCCCUGACGAGCACACGGACACGGACAUGGACUACACGCACAUCGACAGCUCCAAUAAUAAGUGGAUCUGGUCCGGCACAACGAGCGACGGCCGAUCUUGGUACGAGAACGACGAUGUCAGCGUUAUGGUGAAAUACUUGUACUAUUCGACGCGUGCGCACGGGUGGUUCCUGACGGCCACCGCACCUGAUCUUUCCGCAGCGGAUCCUUGGGUCGGAGGCAACAAUCAAGUCCGAUUUUACGGCCAGGCGCACGGCGAUUCCCCCGACGGGGUCUUCCACGACGCAGAUCUCUACUGCGGCCACGAUACCGGCGAUCCCGCCGAUGGUUGCUCGAAGACCCCGCGCGGCGACGGUCAAGACUUCUACUGGUGCGACAAUGACGGCACGGUGACAGUGUCAUGCGGCUCGGCGACCGCGGGGACUUGCUUCUCCGACGACUUCAGUAGCAUCGACAGCAACUGGGUCUCCGUGGAUGGCGACUGGUCGUGGUCGGGCGGCACGGUCGACAACAAUGUUGGCAACUCUGGCGAAGGUAAUGUACUGUACAGGGACGCCGACUACGCCGAUGGCUACCUUGAGGCAUCGGUCAGUUUAUCUGAUGGUGCUCAAACUGGUCUUCUCUUUCGCAUCACCGACAUGCCGUCUGCCGCCGAUUACUUGAAUAACGGUGGGCAGAUGUACUACUGCGGCAUAGUACGGCAUUCUUGGGUUUCAUGUGGGCGUAUGAACAAUGCCUGGUUAUCCCUCUUCACAUACUAUACCACGAUCACACACGGACAGUUUUAUGACCUCGGUAUUAACAUGGACGGAUCAGACUUCACUGUCUUCCUUGACGGUGCCGAGAUCGGCAGCUUCAGCGACUCUAGUUAUAGUAGCGGCGGUAUCGGCUUGCGGACUUUUCAGGGCCACGGCACGUACGACGCCAUCUCGUUCAAGCCGCCAGGAUGCGAGUUCGAGGUGGACGACGACGGCGACGAGGACGAGGGCGGCGACGAGGACGGCGACGAGGACGAUUGGACCGACGGCCCAGCUGGCUGGUGCAGCGGGGGCUGCGAUGACAAGUGGAACGGGGAGAUGGCCUCGCGCGAGGAGUGCAUCGACGCCUGCGACGAGGCGGGAUACGAAGCCAUGACGUGGAUGCCAAGCGAAACGGAGUGCUUCUGCUUCGAUUGCUGCGACUGCAUCAGCGAGUUCGACGCGGAGGACGACUGCUGGUGCGGCGAGACCGACGACGGGUUCGACCCCGGAGCCGUGUCCGAGAGCGAGUGCGCCGCGGCGGGAUGUCACUAUUAUGGCAGCCCUCACCACUGGUGCGAAUGUGGGGAAAAAGAAAAUUGCGCGUCGGUCGGGGGUGAGUGGCAGUGCGACGUCUUUGGGCCGGUGGCUGUCAAGGGCUUCCCGCCGCCGGAGGUGUGCGACCACGACGAGGACGAGGACUGCGGCUCCGACGCAACCAGUGGCUCGGACGCAGACGUGACGUGCUCCUUGGUAAUCAACGACGAAAUUACCGCCGUGUACGUCGACGGGCAGGACGUCACGGGCUCUCUCUGCGGCGAGUGGCCGGCGACGCUCAGAUUCUCCAGCGCGGCGAGUCUCUUCGCAAUCAGCGGCUACGACAAUCAGGGCGGAUGCCAGUACGGCGGAUUCGCGAUGCGCUGCUCCACGGCGGACGGAACCGGGCCGUGGCACGGCCUGACGGCCGACACGCAGAACUGGCGCGCGAGCAACUGGGUCUCUGGGAGCAGUUGGACGCAACUCGGCUUCGACGACAGUGCCUGGCAGACUCCCUCCGUGGGUGGCGAACCGCAGUACGGGUCCGAACUCGUCGGGGGCGGCGACACGAUUUGCGUCGAGGGCGAUUUCUACUUCCGAAGAGAGGUUGAUCACCCGACGCCCCUCGAAUCGCCCUUCCUCGAAUCACCCUUCCUCGUCACCGGCGACCUCACCUUCGAAGGCAUGACGUACGAAGCGGCGCGGGACAACACCGACGUCUUCGUCGCCGCCGUCGCCGAUCUCUGCGGCGUGGCCGCGUCCGCCGUGACCGUGGAAAUCUCCGAGGCCCGUCGCCGUCGCCUCGCGGAGGGAAUCGUGGUGACGUACACCGUGGGCGUCGCGACCGCGAACGAGGCUCAAGCGGUCACGAGCGCGAUUUCGAGCAGCUCGACAGCAGACGUCGACGCCGCAAUCAGCAAAGCCGCGACGGACGCGGGCGUCGACGAAGAUUUCGACGGCGUCACGACGACCAACGUGGGUACGCCCACCACCACGGCGUCCGGCGACGACGGGUCCUCCGACGGCAACGGCGGCGCCGACGCAGCGUCGGCGGGACUCAUCGCGGGCGUCGUCGUGGGCGUCGCCGCGCUCGCCGCGAUUGGAGUUGGGGCGUACGUGUACAUGCGUUCCAAGGCUAGCGGCGCGGAUUCGCCACCGCUGGCCGAAGUGCAAUUGGUAGGAUCCGCCGACGAGGCGGCCCUGCCCAACACCUCGGAUUCCAGCGGCAGCCCCAGCACCAUGGGGGGCAAGGAGGUGGAGAUGAGCGACGCCGACUUCGGCAACAUCGAGCGCAAGGUGCUCCUCGAGGACCGCCCCUGGACGGACCGCCGCUGCGGCUACUUUAGCGUCCUCUGCGUGUUGUUCUUCAUUUGCUCGGCGAUCGGGCUCGGCGCCACGGGCGCGCCCAGGUACGACACGAACUCGGACAACGAGAUCGAGGGCGUGAACGACAAGUACCUGGCCGACGCCAAGAAGUGCUGCGACAAGGCCGCGGUGCCGCCGCCUGGGGCCGAGAGUUUAUACCCGACCGGGUUCUGGGAGAUGUCCGAGAUGUGCCGGGAGAUGGAGGACAACAACCAGUGGGACGCGCCGUCGGCCCGCCGCCGCCGCCUCGCGUCCAAAAAGAACACGCCGGUGCCCCAGAACGUCUGGGAGGGCUUCUCCAUGCACCCCGGUAUCCCGAUCGGCGUCGUCGCCAUCAUCAUGUUCCUCUGCGGCGGGUUCCUCAAGCUCAUGGAGAAGGUGGCCACGCACGUGCUGUUCGGCACGUUUUUGGCCGAGGCGGCGUUCUGCAUCUACCUCGGGGUCGGCGGGGAGCAGGUCGAGCCGAUCAUGUUCGUCAUCGCGGCGCUCAUCGGGGUCUACGUGUACUGCGUGCGCGCCCAGAUCCGCAAGGCGGGCAAUAUCAUCUCGGUGGCGAGCAACGCGCUGCUGUCGAUGCCGUCCUUGAUGUGCCUCGUAUAUACGUGGAUGCUCGCGUCGGCCUCCUUAGUUAUCGUGUUGAUCCUCGUGGCCUCGGCCGCCGGCCGCCAUGCCGCCGUCAAGGAGAAUACCGAAAAAGCAGCGGGAGUCCAAGCGGGAGUCCAAAUUGAAUACACAAGUUGCGACUGGAAAGACGACUCGACCGCCGGCGGCCUCUUCUUCGUCAUGUACAUCAUUUGGGUGUGGAUGGGCAACUACGUGACCAUGACCCAGGUCUACUACGUGGCGGGGUGCACGGCGCAGUACGUCUGGGACCCGUCUCUCGUCAAGGCCUCGAUGCCCCUGACGCUCCUCAAGCUCGCCUUCACGCGGAGCGGCGGCACGGUCUCCAAGACGGCCUGGGUCCUGCAGGUCAUCAACUACAUCAAGAAGAACAGCAAGUGCAGCUGCCGGAACUGCCUCACGCUCAUCGUCCGCUGGCCGAUCGUCCUGCUCGCGUGCAUCGUCCGGUGCUGCUGCUUCACGUGGCUCGAGAUGCUCAACAAGUACGUCCUCGUCUUCCACGUCAUCACGGCGGACGAGUUCUGGUUGAGUGCCAAACGCUGCUACAAGCUCAUGAAGAAGCGGGGCCUCGGCGCGCUCGUCAUGGAGACGUCCGCGCAGAACAGUUUCGUGAUCAUCGGCUACGGGUUGUCGUUAUGCGUGGGCAUCUUCACGUGGUGGUGGAUGGGCGUCGAGUACGGCAAGGACGUCCUCGGGAACAACGACAUGUGGGGCGACACGGAUACCUACGGCCCCGGCUGGCCCAAGUUCAUGAUCAUCGUCAUGGCUCUUAUGCUGAUCGCCCCCGCGGCCGCGAUGGCCAUCAUCAUCAUUGUGGCCAUGGCCGUGGGGGACAGCAUCACGCGGUGCUGGAUCCCGUGGUGCUGCGGCGUCUUCUGCGGCGCCGUCACGGCCUUCUUCUUCUGGCAGACGGUGAACGCGCUCCUCGUCGCGUCGAACGCGGCCUUUGUGUGCAUCGCGAUCGACAAGGAGAACGGCGUCGGCGAGGUCUCCACUUCCGCGGAAGGGGGCGCCCUCUACGCGCUGGUGCAGGGCGAGAUCGCAGAGGAGGUCCAGGCCCUCAAGGAGGGCGGCGAGGAGGUGCCCGAGUUCGAGGCAGUGGCCGUCACCCCUAAGGCCGCGGCCGGGGGCGCAGCGGAAAUGACGGCAGUCCCGCCCCUGAUGCCGCCGCCGCCGCCGACCGGGCGAAACUUCUGCAGCAACUGCGGCGCCCCGCUACAGGGCUCGUUCUGCUCGCAGUGCGGCGCCCGCGCGUAA